GUUCAUUGUGUCUGGGCAGCAGCAGAAGCAUAUUCAGCCCCUUCUAUUGUGCUAACAUCUCGUUCACAUGAUGGUCUUCAUGUUUUUGAUGAUUUUAGAGAGGCCUAUGCAUGGUUGAGCCACAAUACUGAGGUGGAUGAUAAAGUUGCGUCCUGGUGGGACUAUGGUUACCAAACAACUGCUAUGGCUAACCGUACCGUUAUUGUGGACAAUAAUACCUGGAACAACACACAUAUUGCAACUGUUGGUACUGCCAUGUCGUCUCCUGAAAAGGCAGCUUGGGAAAUUUUUCAGUCUUUGGAUGUAAAAUAUGUUCUUGUUGUCUUUGGAGGUGUUGUUGGCUAUCCUAGUGAUGAUAUUAAUAAGUUCCUAUGGAUGGUUCGCAUAGGAGGGGGUGUAUUCCCUCACAUAAAGGAGCCUGAUUAUCUGAGAGAUGGUCAGUACCGGAUUGAUUCUCAGGCGACUCCGACCAUGCUAAACUGCCUCAUGUACAAACUAUCCUAUUACAGAUUUGUGGAGACAGAUGGUAAAGGCUUUGAUAGAGUCAGGGGAACUGAAAUUGGAAAGAAACAUUUUAAAUUGACCCAUUUUGAGGAGGUGUUUACGACUCACCAUUGGAUGGUCCGAAUAUUUAAACUAAAGCCUCCAAAGAACAGGAUCCGGGGAAAGACAAAGAAAUCUAAAUCGAAAGCUAGCUCGACGACCAGCUCAAAACGAAGUGGCAAGAGCCCUUGGCAGUAAAAAGCAUUUUAUGGGAUUUCUUGGCAGAGGCUUGGAGCUUGAUGCUAUAUAUUUUGGGGGUUGCAUCUUACUUGGGGGUGUGUAAGAAUCCAAAAAUCUGACCGACUCCAUCGGAUUGGAGUUUAACGGAAACAGAGUCGGAGGCGGAUGGCAAACUCAAACUCCAAUCAGUUAUCGGAGUCUGAUAUACUUUCUGAAAAAAUUUCGACUUUGAUUU